GCAGCGGUGCAUUUCUGAAAGCAUUACGACCUUGGUGAAGAAAGUUCCAUGUGUCCAUAAGGCUGCCCAUUCAAACUGUAAGUGCAUGUUUGGCGCCAUCUGGUGAAGUCUGAAAUCUGGCAGCACUAUUACAGCAGUAAGCAACGGUCCAAUUACACCAGCACAUCUCACAGCAUUUAGUGUGUCCCAAAUGGCGCCUUAUUCCAUUUAUAGUGCCCUACUUUUGACCAGGGCCCAUAGGGAUCUGGUCACAAGUAGUUCACUAUAUAGGGAACAGGUUGCCAUUUGGGAUGCAGACAACCUUAGAUAAUUACAUGGGUUUCCAAUGCACACAUUUGUAGCUCUUGUUCCUUCAGUUGUCAUUCCCAGCCACCAAUAACCAGCAGACGUUUUGGACAUCCAGUAUCCACUGGGGUUUCUCAGUCGAUGCUGAGUAAUUAUUGCCCCGCUCGGUUUUUACAUGAAAAGAAGGGUGUGUUACUUUUUCCAUUGACAAGUGUGAGUGAGGGAGAGGUUUGUGAAGCUGGGGUGUGUCAAAGGCUGUGUCACAAUGCAUUGCUGUGAUAGGGUGGUACCAGGCUGUGAGGAAUCUGUUGCAGGUCAGUGCAUGCACAUGUACAGAUGCAGAACCCACAUCUUACCCAGACCUGCAAUGUUUUCAAUUUGUUCUCCCUCAUCAUGUCAGAGCACAAAACACAGUACUGCGGAAUGUGCUAUGAGUGUUGUAUUGCUGGCUGUAUGGAUAGCAUUUGUUACAACAGUCUCAUUGGCACAAAUCCCUUACACUUUUUUAAAAUCUAAAAUACCUUCUCCCUUAGUAUUGGAUGUAAAAUAACUAGCAGUAGCCAGUAGAACACCGGCAAAUACAGGAAAAGUCCAAACUAUACAUUGGAAUGCAGUAUUUCCUGUUCUUCCUUAUUUUCUUGUCUGCUCUCGUUCAAAAUUUUGCCUCAUUUUCUGUGUGCCGUGCCACACCUGUGUUUGUGCACGAACACGCAAAAGUGUAAUCGGAGUAGGCGUGACUUCAGCCAAUUCCUCCUCUCCUCCACCAGUCUGGGGAAACACGAAUCUCCUCUACUCUGCCUGACACAACUGGAGUUUUCUGAACUUAGAAGCUUUUUCCCCCCUCUAACUCGCUCAGACCAGCCAAGAUGCCAGAGAACGCAGAGGCCGUUUCAGCCACUCUAACCACCAACAGGAACUGUACUAUAGAGCUCACCAAUGUCACCACCGGUUACUGUCUCAUCAACCCCAAGGUGUAUAUGUCCAGUGGUUUCUGCUACCACCCACCCCAGCCCACCGUCCGCACCACCAAGACAGAGGUGUGCUCCUUCACCAAGGAUGACGACACAGCCACGGGCGCCGUGGGGGUCCUGACCUACGACCUUUUCCACAUGCAGAGCCGCGUGUGCUCAGAACGCAUGGCCAUCAUGUUCUCCGUGCCCUACGACUACAACUUCUACAAGAACUGGCUGGGGGUGGGCGUCUUCGAGGUGGCACGCGCCUGCGACAAGCAACUGUACAACCACAUGUACAAGGAGAAGGACUUCAGCAAGUUUGUCCGAUCAGAGGCCAGUGGGUCAGGGGUGGAGUACAAGGCCCAACACGUAGACCUGAGGGCCACCAUGUCCAAUGUUGGGAAGUCAAUCAUUAAGGUGGAGCUCUAUGAUAAAAUGGGGCACAAAUGAGGGUAGACAAGCUGGUAGCUGAGCCAUUUUACCAACUCACAGCAGGGAAAAAGUUUAUAUUUAUACAUAAUCACGUACUAAAUAUAAGAAUCACCCAACUUAGGUGGUUAAUGUUAUCCAAUUAAUAAAUAUUUAUUUAACUGGAAGAUAUUACUGUCUAAUUGUUCACAAUACUUGAUUCUUCUUUUCCUGCUCCUGUACAUGUUUGUUUUAAUAAAACAUUGAACAAUGAA